AUGGAAGAAGAGAAGAAGGAGGAAGAAGAGCAGAAAAAGAAGGAAGAAAAACUAAAGGAAGAUGAGCUGAAAAAGAAAAAUGAAUCGAUAAUGAAGGAAGAAGAGAGGAAAAAGAAGAAGAAAGAAGAAAUGAAAGAGCAGAAGAAGAGGAAGGAAGAAAUAUCUAUGAAAGAGGAAAAAGUUCAGGAAAAGAAGAAGGAAGAAAAGAAGAAGGAAGAAAAGAAGAAAAAAGAAAAAAAACUUCAGACAAACGUAAACAAUAUAAUUGAAAAAGAAAACAUUAAUAAAAGACAGAAAAUGGAAACGAUGGAUACAGCAGACGAGAAUACCGUCAAUUGGGAACUGGUCGAGGUACAGGACAAAAUCCAGAAGCUCGUGAGGAUGAGGAGGACCUUGGUUGCUGAAAGGAGCGAGUGUACGGCCUUCGAAGAGGAAGGGUUCCUAUACGAAGAACAAACAUUCACGCGAAAAUAUAAAAUAUAA